GGUGACGGGGCGCACGCCUCGGCCGAGGAGCCCGACGCGGGCGGUGGGGAGUCGGGGGACAGCAGCCCUCCCCCCGGCGAGGACCCUGCCACCGCUGGAAGGCGACCCGAGGAGCUCAGCCCUGAGCGACCGGACCCGGGCGCUGGAGAGGUUGGGACUGCGAAGGAUGCGGCCAUAACAGGCUGCGGAGAUAUUAUUGCGGACCACGAGGAGGAUGUGGGCGGCGGGAGUGGCGGCUGCGAGAAGAGCACCCCCGGGGCCGGCAAGCUGGGUGCCUCCAAGAAGCACCCCACCAUGGUGGCCUACCAGGGAGGAGGGGAGGAGAUGGCCAGCCCAGACCAGGUGGAUGACACCUACCUGCAGGAGUUCUGGGAUAUGCUGUCGCAGUCAGAGGAGACCCACACAGAAGGAGGAGGAGGUGGAGGAGGGACAAAGAAGCCUGAGGGGUUGAAGGAGAACCGAGGUACUGAGGGGGCCCAGAACAGGGUGCCAGUGAAACAUGGCGGCCUCCACCAGAUCCCCAUUCACCUCAACCACAAAGAAGAGCAGAAGGGCAGGGAGAAGGAGCAGCACGAAGGAGUCCCAAACAGCGAUGAGGGCUACUGGGAUUCCACCACCCCUGGUCCAGAGGAAGAUGGUUCCAUGAGCAUCCAGAAGGAGACCAUUCCCAGGGACAGCUACAGCGGGGAUGCUCUCUACGACCUCUACACCGAGCCAGACGAGAAUCCACCAGCGGGGCCCAUGGACGAAGAGGUCACCUGUGUGCCACGCUUCAAGCCCGUGUCUCCAAUAACAGCCACGUGCUCACUGAAAACACCCUCAAGCACAGUGAAGGACUCCAAGAUACCCAUCAGCAUUAAACACCUUUCAUCGCAUUCUGCCAGCCAUGGAGCAGAUGCCAGUAACAGCCAUCAUGUCACACACCAUCACCUGGCCAAAAGCGAGAUGCACAGAACAAAAAUCCCUGUCUCUAAAGUACUGGUACGCCGGGUCAGUAACAGGGGCUUAGCAGGGACGACAGUGAGAGCUGUUACGUACCAGGACAGUGCCAAAAAGUAG